UCCCUCUCUCUCUCUCUCUCUCUCUCUCUCUCUCUCUCUCUCUCUCUCUCUCUCUCUCUGUCUCUCUCUCUCUCUCUCUCUCUCUCUCUCUCUCUCUCUCUCUCUCUCUCUCUCUCUCUCUCUCUCUCUCUCUCUCUCUCUCUCUCUCUCUCUCUCUCUCUCUCUCUCUCUCUCUCUCUCUCUCUCUCUCUCUCUCUCCCUCUCUCCCUCUCUCUCUCUCUCUCUCUCUCUCUCUAAUGCUCACUGUCAUUUUUUCCCAAACCAAGCUCUCCUCUCGUUUUGUUUUAAACAUCAAAUGCAACAUAGGUUUGAUGCAUGAACUGGCAGGUUGCUUGUCAGAGAUCUCUUGUGCACUUCAGAGCAGGUCUUGAGCAAAUGGUGAUGAGCCUGCGGGUUUCAGAGCUGCAGGUUCUUUUGGGUUACGCCGGUCGAAACAAACAUGGACGAAAGCACGAGCUCCUCACCAAAGCCUUACACCUUCUGAAAGCUGGCUGCAGCCCUGCCGUCCAGAUGAAGGUCCAGGAACUCUACAGACGACGCUUUCCCACCAAGCUGGUAUCUCCAGCCGAGCUGGGACUGCCCGGAGUCCACCCCGCCACUGGCUCCCUGCCGCCCGGCUUCACUCAGCUGGGUUUUGAUGGACACAGAGCACCCCAGUCCCCUCUGCUCCCCAUCUCCCUCCUCGGACCCAAACAUGAGCUGGGCCUGCCCCACCUCCCCACCAACCUGCAUCCCGUACACCCUGACGUCAAACUGCAGCGGCUUCCCUUUUACGACGUGCUGGAUGAGCUCAUUAAGCCGACGAGUCUCAGUGAGUAUGAGUGUCUAUAUGAGCUGAUUGUGUAAAUGUCUGGAGUAAUAAAAGGGUUUAGAAUUUGAUUUAAAAAAGGUAUGCGUCUUUAGAAAUCUGUGUGUUGUAUAGCGACCGUACAGAUGCCUGCAACCAUAUUUCAGUACAUUA